AUGACAGAUAUAUCAUUAUCAUUAUCUAUAGAUAUAGAUAAAUAUAAAGAAUUGAUUAGUAUUGGUUUAAAAUCAAUACUAUCAAGAACAUAUAGUAAAUAUGAUAAGAUAUUGUUUGUUGGUUCAUUAGCUUUACCUUUUUUAAUCAAUUUACCAAUUUAUGGAAUAAUACCAAAUAAUCAAGAUAAAAAGAUUGAAUCAUUUUAUAAUCAAGGUAUUGAAAAGAUUUUAAAUGUUUAUAAUGAAAUUCAAACAAAUAAUAGAAUCAUGAUAACUAGUGAUAUAAAAGAUAUGGCAACAUUGGCUGAAAAGAGUAAUAAGUUGUGUAGAAUAUUGGGUCAAAGAGAUGUAGUAUUGAUGUUGUUGAGAAUUAUUCUAGGUGCAGAGGAAAUAUGGGAAUCUAGUUAUAGUCAUCAAGCACCUCUAACUGAACAAAGUAUUCAUCAAAUUUAUACUCAUUUGGAUAAUGAUAAUAUAGUUUUAGAUUGUACUGAUUUAUUAAAUCAUAUUUUACCUUUUGUUUCAGAUAUACCUUUUGAUUUAUUUUAUCACAUUAUUAAUUAUCAUCCUUUAACACCAUCAAGUUAUAGAUUGGCAUGUGCGGUAUUGAGAACAAUGACUUUGAAAAGAUCGACCAUUCCAUCAUUUGUAAGUGUUGGAAUGAUUGAUAUAGUUGGAUUUUAUUUGGGUAAUCAAUUUAAAUCUGAAUAUUCACAAUUACAAGAUUAUUGGCUACAAGUUUCUCAAAUACUUUACAAGGAUAGACAUUUUAAAUCAUUACCUUUAGAGGAUCAAUCAUUUAUAGAGGAAUAUUAUAAAAUGGGUAGAUUUAGAUUAUGGUUACCAAAAGAAUUACGUCUCCCACCAAUUGGUACACUUUAUGAAACUUUAUCUGAUGCGUUUGGAUAUUAUCAAGGUUGGUUAAAUGGUACUACAUUAUUUGUUGAUAAUAUCUAUUCAAAUAAUUUAUUUUCAGAUUGGAUCUAUCGUCGAUUAGAUUCUACACUAUCAAGAUAUUUGGUUUGUUCAUUGUUUGCAUCAUCAUUGUCUUUUUAUUUUACAUUUCUACUUUCACCAAAAGGAAAGAUUUAUUACAUUUCAUCUGCUAUCAUUUCAAUGAUAAUAAGUCUUUAUCAAGAUAAAUUAAUUGCUCAUCAAAAAACAAGUGGUCCACUUUAUAAAGCUUUUAAACAACGUUUUCAAACUCCUGUCAACCAAAAUGAUAGAUUUUUUGAAAAUUUAAAUCAACAAAAUAUUAUUUAUAAUAAAUCUGAUAUUUUAAAUUAUCAAUUUUAA